UGCCUCCACGCUCUGAAGGUGGGCUGGAAGGUGUGCUGGGCGAAGGCAGAGGAGGAGGAGGAGCAGAGCCACAUGGCCUUCCUCUCCCACGACAUCAGCAUGCUGCGCCUCUUCGAGACCUUCCUGGAGAACACCCCACAGCUCACCCUGCUCCUCUACGUUAUCCUGCGGACAAACAAGGCAGAGCCCUCCCAGGGACUGGGGAUCUGCACUGCGUUCCUGUGUGUAACCUGGUCUCUACUGGACUACCACCAGUCCCUGCGCUCCUUCUUGCAGGACAAGUACGAGCUGAGCCUGGGCUCCUCCAUCGUCUACUUCCUGUGGAACCUCUUCCUCAUCUGCCCCCGCAUCCUCACAGUCGCCCUCUUUGCCCUGCUCUGGCCCUACGGCGUGGCUGUCCACUUCCCGCUCGUGUGGCUGGCCAUGUUCCUCUGGGUCAGCCUGCAGGGCACGGACUUCAUGGAGUCGCCUGGCCCCGAGCAGCUCUACCGGGCCAUGGUGGCCGUGAUCCUCUACUUCAGCUGGUUCAAUGUGGCGCAGGGGAGGACGCUGUACCGCAGCAUCAUCUAUCAUGGCUUCAUCCUGGUGGACAGCACGCUGCUGGCCCUGUCCUGGCUCUGGUGCCGGUCCCCCUCUGACGAGCACUCGUACCUCAUCCCGGUGGUCUCCGCCGCCCUGCCCUGCUACCUGCUGGGGCUGGUGCUGAGAGUCACCUACUACAAGUGGCUGCACCCCAAUGUGCGGGCGCAGCAAGAAGGCGGCUACGAUGAGGUGGAUGCCAAUGGGAGGAGUGACGGGCUGGAGUUUCACUCGCUCUCGGUGCCAGACCUCGUGAACAGGCGGAUGUGGUGGCUGGCCCAGACCCAGUUCCCCAUCUCCCGGCCGGCAGGGCAGCACUUCUUGAAUGGGGCUGCUGCUGUUGAGUCUGCUGUCUGA